AUGGUAUUGCAGCGGAAGAUAGGAAAGAAAGAACCGACUCUAGAUGCCAGAUAUUAUUUGUUUGAUGAGAUUAGCAUCGAUAGCAGGUUGAGUAUAACAUCGCGGAAUGAAAAAGGGUUGAUUACUUUGGCUGGAGUAGGAAGCGACCAGCAUUGUCUGGGAAAUAUUUCUGCUGACUUCGGGCAUAAUGCAAUAGAUAUGGACGUUGGUCCAGAGCAUAUCGGCGUAGGACGAAUUACCAUGAAUGAAAUCCUUCCGUCCACACAAGCAGCAGUAACCUACAACUUUGAUGAGAAGAAAUAUGGCGGCCAGCUAUCAGCAACAAUAGACGACGAUGAGAUCACCUAUGGUGGCGAACUUGGGUUUGAUGGCCAUGUUGGGAAUAACGGAUUCGCCUCCGUAACUAAGUGCAAUGUCGGAGUUGGCAUACAUGUACCUAAUGACUUUUCUGCUGCUGUUAUCUUUUUUGGUGACUGUUCUGUUAAUGUCGACUAUUGUGGAUUCACUAUUGUGGAUUCUCGUACUCAUGCUUCAGAGAGUAAGCGCAAGUGUCAAUCUUCGGCGAAAGAUGAUCGUUUAGAUGCACUUGAAAGCCAUACCCCAAACGUUAGGAAGCGUGUUGAGGCUUUGAGUGAAAUUCAGAGUGAACAUGAUAAGAUAGAAGCUAACUUUGUAAAGGAGAGAGCUGAACUUGAAGCCGAGUUCCAGGAGAAGUAUGUACCACUUUACAAUAAGAGGUUUGAUAUUGUGAACGGAGUUGAGGCUGACAAAGAAGCAGAUAAAGACGCAGAAGUAGAGAAGGGUGUUCCCAAGUUUUGGCUCAUUGCUAUGAAGACAAAUGAAUUACUUGCAAAGGAGAUCAUGAAACCUGAUGAAGGUCCCCUCGAGCAUCUGAAAGAUGUAAAGUGGUCCAGGAUUCUUACACCCAAGGGGUUCAAGCUCGAUUUUUAUUUUGAUGACAAUCCCUAUUUCAAAAAUUCAGUCCUGACGAAAACUUAUCACAUGAUUGACGAUGAUGAAUUAAUUUUGGAAAAUAUCGAAGGGACUGCAAUUGAAUGGAAACUUGGGAAGAAUGUGACAUACAAAGAGGUGGGUAAGAAGCGGAAGUGUCGAGAUGGCUGGACGGUGGAUGUCAAAUUCCUUAAGAGUUUCUUCAAUUUCUUUAAAUCUCCCCUACUGCCUGAGGAUUAUAACGAUAUUGACGAAAAGCAAGGUGAAGAACUUCAGAAUAAAAUGAAUCAAGACUAUGAUGUCGGUUGCACCAUCCGUGACAAGAUCAUUCCACAUGCUGCGUCGUGGUUCACCGGCGAAGCUGCCCAGGUUGAAUCUUAG